AUUUUACGUGUUUGAUGUUAUGUGCCUGAUAUGCUUUUGCUAUCAUUGAUGUUCACUGCCCGCUAUAUAUAAUGUUGCAAGACAAGGUCGCCGGUUUUGACUUUGACAUGGUCUUGUUUUGCUCCUUUUCUUCCUGAAAUGUAUAUUUUCUAUUCUAUCUAUAGUUGAACUGCUCCAAGCACAGAUAUGAAUAUCAGCCCUCCAACCUCUCAGCUUCUUCAUCACCUCUCUCAUUGUCUCUCUGUCUCCCAAAUGGCUCUCUGCAGCUCACAUUCUUCGAUUCCAUCCCGCCAAACUCAACUCCCUUGUCUUAUCCUCCAAGUUUCCAUUUCGGUCCUCUUUCUUAUCGCCCAAGCAACCUCAGUUUCUAUCAGCUUUCCCAGAUUCAGCCCGAACGUGCAAAACCUUACCUUCCAGGGUGACUCGUUUGCAUCAAAUAAUGUCCUCCAGCUCACAAGGAACUUGCAAAAUGAUAACCUUACGAGCAGCACUGGCCGAGUCUCUUAUGACAAACCUGUCAGGCUAUGGGAUGCAAAGACCGGGAUGCUCUCUGACUUCAUGACCCACUUCUCCUUCAUCAUGCAGGCCUUGGACCAGAACAAUUAUGGGGACGGUAUUGCCUUCUACCUCUCACCGUUUGAUUCAGUUGUCCCAGACAACUCAAGCGGAGGGUAUCUUGCAUUAUUCAGCAAAGGUUCGGCUUUCAACGCCUCGGCAAAUCAGAUUGUUGCUGUUGAGUUUGAUAGCUUUGGAAAUCCUUGGGAUCCAAGUCCUGAUCAUGUAGGCAUCGAUGUGAACUCCAUUGUUUCUGUGGCAAAUGUCUCGUGGAGGUCUAGCAUGAAGAAUGGAUCUACAGCGAAUGCGUGGAUAAGUUACAAUGCCACGACUUUCAAUCUGAGCGUUUUUCUUACAUAUGCUCAGAAUCCAAUUUUCAAUGGUAACUCAAGCCUUUCGUAUAUAAUCGAUUUGAGGAGAUACUUACCAGAAACAGUUAGAGUUGGUUUCUCUGCCGCGACUGGUCAGUUUGUUGAAAUCCAUAACAUUCUUUCAUGGUCAUUUAAUUCAAGCUUGGAGGAGGAUGUUGUUGGUAAAGGUCGAAAGCGAACCGGCUUAGUGGUUAUUGUUGCUGUGGGAGCAGGGCUUGGUCUUUUAACUUGCGGAACAGGAAUUGCUUGGUUCAUCUAUCGGAGAAAGAUCAGGUCAAGGCGUGGGAAAGGAGAUGCUGUUGUUGAUCACUCAAUGGAUGACGAGUUUGAACAAGGCACUGGGCCAAAACGUUUCACAUAUCGCGAUCUUAGCCGCGCCACAAAUGAUUUCUCCGAAGGAGGGAAGCUGGGGGAGGGAGGAUUUGGAGGUGUCUACAAGGGCUUAUUGAGUGAUACCAAUUUGGAGAUCGCCGUGAAGAGGGUCUCAAGAGGGUCCAAACAAGGGAAGAAGGAGUAUGUGUCUGAAGUGAAGAUCAUUAGUCGAUUGAGGCACAGGAACUUGGUGCAGCUUAUUGGCUGGUGUCACGAGCAUGGGGAAUUCCUCCUCGUGUACGAGUUCCUGCCCAAUGGAAGCCUUGACACCCAUCUCUUCGGUGGAAAGGCUGUGCUCAGUUGGAAUGUCCGGUACAAGAUAGCCCUCGGUCUGGCAUCUGCUUUGUUGUACUUGCACGAGGAGUGGGAGCAGUGCAUUGUCCACAGGGACAUCAAGUCGAGCAAUGUUAUGCUAGAUUCAAAUUUCAACGCCAAGCUUGGAGAUUUUGGGCUCGCCCGGCUCGUUGACCACGAUCAGGGCUCUCAGACGACCGUUCUGGCAGGCACGAUGGGAUACCUAGCCCCAGAAUGUGUCACCACAGGCAAGGCAAGUAAAGAAUCUGAUGUGUACAGCUUUGGGGUGGUUGCUCUGGAGAUUGCCUGUGGCAGAAGGCCUGUCGACCCAAGGGCCAGUGACCCGAGCAAGGUGAGGCUGGUGGAAUGGGUGUGGAACCUCUAUGGAAAAGGUGAGCUCUUCAAUGCUGCUGAUAGCGUACUAAAUAUGGAAUAUGACGAGAGGAAAAUGGAAUGCCUCAUGGUGGUUGGCCUUUGGUGCUGCCACCCAGAUCACAAUCUCCGCCCAUCAAUACGCCAAGUACUAAAUGUCCUCAACUUCGAAGCUCCACUUCCUAGCCUUCCAUCGAAGUUGCCUGUUCCCAUGUAUUAUGCACCUCCUCUAGAUUUGUGCAAGUUUUCUUAUAAAUCUUCUGGCCUCUUGGACACAGAGAAUAAUCGAACGCAAUCUUCUUCAGGGACUGGCACCACAUGUACGUCGAACACAUCAGCUGGUGCUUCCUCGAAAGCACUUUUAAGCUGAUGGAGCUAUUAAAUUGCUUUCCCUUCUAUUUGGUAUAGUCACAACAAAUGUAAAACUUCUACCCGAUAGUCUGGUGAGAGAGCUUAUACAAAGUUUUCUUGCCAUUUUCCUUGCAUAUUUGAAGCUCAACCUCCCCAGCUGGGACUAGCCAAAUCAGUUUCGGUUCCAAGUUUGACAGCAACGAAGUGACUACUGAGAGGAGGGUAUGUGUAUUUUCGUUAAAUUGCAGACAGUGCAAUGUAUUUUCUGCGCUUUCUCUCUUUUCUUUCUUUCAUAAUGGAAUCUCCUUAACGAACCUAAUGCAGAAUGUCUUUGAAGCCAUAUGGGACUGUGUUCAAAGGGGGACAACACCAUUCUUAGGAGACCUCCCACAUUUUUGGGAGUUUUAGACCCACACCUUCAUCUGUUACUUCGGUUGGAUAUUUUAAGCCCAACAGAAGGUAUGACAUUCCCUUGGAAAAUAAGGAAAUAGCUUUUCUUGUUCACCAAGUACCUAACUGCAGCAAAGCAUAUAAGGGAAAUAGUUGUUUUGAAAAAUAAUGUAAGAAAAAGUGUAAACCAAAUGGUGGAGGAGUCUAUGACUGAAGGAAUAAGGAUUUUGAAUUGAUCGAUGA